AUGGGGGGCUGUGGUCCGAGGAUUCUGGAGUUGAAGUCCACGUAUCCAGUUAACUGGAUAUCGGAACUGCUAACAAAAGCAGAAUCCGUAGCUGAUGGUCAUGAACCUUCUGCACGAGCAUGCUCAUGCUCGGGAUACAAUCAUGGGAGUGAAUCGGAUAACUUCCAUUGUCCCAUUGUUGAGGGCGUUGAAACAGCGGACCAAAAACAUUUCCAAUGGCACCUAUAUAAAGGUGAGCCUGUAAUAGUCCCUAACGUCCUCAACAGAACGACUGGGUUGAGCUGGGAACCGUUAGUCAUGUGGCGCGCCUCUCGCAAAAUUAAAAGCACCCAUGACUUGCGUAUUCUGGAAUUCAGCGUAAUGAACUGCUUAAAUUGGUGUGAGGAAACAAUUAGCAUACACCAAUUUUUCAAAGGAUACACUCAAGGCCUUUGGGACAGUGAAGGUCGGCCCAAAAUAUUAAAGUUGGAGGAUUGGCCUCGAACUGAAUCAUUUGCAGAACGACUGCCGAGGCAUUACCAAGAGUUUGUCAAAUGCUUGCCUUUCAAGCAUUAUACUCAUCAAGCUGGCUACCUCAACAUGCCAGCUAAAACACCAAAGAAAUCUUUGAAGCCAGAGUUGGGUCCAAAGAUAUGCUUUGGUUAUGGAGUCGAUGAGCACCUUGGCUUUUGUUCCGCAACCAAGCUCCAAUAUGCUCUUUCAGAUAUGGUCAAUAUCUUGAUGCAUACUGCUGCCCAGGAUCCAGUUGUAUCUUCUGCAAAUAAUGAGAAAGCAAAUGAAAGGGAAAAUAAAAAUAAAGGAAAAGAAAAAAUCGAUUCUUCUACCUCAGCAAACAAUGAGCAAAGGUUCGAUGAUAAAACAGGUGGUACUGUCUGGGACGUUUUCAGGAGACAAGAUGUUCCUAAAUUGGAGGAAUAUCUUAGAAGGCAUUAUGGACAGUUCAGACAUAUAUUCCCUCUGCAACAAGUAAUUAUAUUCUAA